AUUCCACACCUGCCACGCAUGUUCGAAUAUCCGCUCCAGUCCAAAGCAAAGGCUACCAUCGCUCCGAUUAUGCAUCAAACGGUCUCCCAGAGCUCAUCGCCAUCACCAUAGUCCAAGACUUCCUCCAGGCCACCGCCAGCGAAGGCUUAGUUCCUAGGGGCGACGCGCAACCAUGGCGUUCGCAAGGACCAUCAGCACCGACUUUCCACGUUCGCAGAGCAGCGCAUACGACCUAGACGAACUUUCACCACGGCCUGACGACUCCCUUCUGUCCCCCGCCCAAGGUCCCGAAGCUCGCAUCCCAAGCACAUCGCCAAGGCCAUGGACCAGCCUGACGGACCGAUCAGACACGAGCCGCAGAGACUCUGACGUCUCGUACCGUAGCGAUGGCAGCAGCACGACCUCAGAUAACAAGGGCAAGCUGAAAGCGAUCGCCAAUGCAUAUCCGAGCUCGAGGCGUGGCGAUCCGAGAAGUCGAAUGUCGCAGCUCAGAGGUCCCGACCUCUGGAAACCGCCGUUCGCAUCCCCCAGCUCGCAGUCUCCGUCACAAUACCAGAGCCCAGGCGAGCGGUCUUGGAUCGGCGGCAUCUUGCGGACUCGUCCUUUCUCCGAAGACGACGUAUCCUAUGCGCCAGCGGCGCCGCAAAGGAUCCCGCCGCAGACACAGAGGCAGCCAUCACGGGCGCCCUCUUCCGAUGUUGACACCUCUUUCACGGUACUGCGCCGGCGGGAGCACGAUAUUACACGCCAGAUCCAGUACUAUCUGAAUCAACAAGAGAAGGCACACGAGAGCAGCCCAAUGGGACAAAUCACCUCUGGGAACCCAGCUCGAGACUUGGACACUCAGGCAGAAUCGCAGUACGAGUCUCAACAGUCAUCCUAUGGGCACGUGGUACCUGUGCGUCAACCCAAGAAAGGUCCAAUCAGCUUGCGGCGGGCACGCAACGGCAUCACAAACAGCAUUGCGAUGAUGGCGGACUUGAAGUCGGAAGAGGACGCGCAAAUCGCAGAGGCGGUUGCGCUUAGGAAGAAGGCGCUCGCAAAGCUGCAGGGAAUGCAGUCUCGGAUGUCAUCAAUCGACCAUGAUCUCAGUGUUAUGCAAGACACGACGACAAACCCAGCACGGAAAAAGCUGCGCGAGAAGAGAGAACGAUAUACGAGCCUCUGCAAUGACAUCAAGGACCUUGAAGAGCAGCUGCGCCAAGCACGGCUUGAGAAGGGCAUCAUGGAGAGGCAGAUGGAGGAGCUUCAGAGCAAGCUGGACUCGGACCUCAGUGGAUACCAAGGCGCGAAGAAGGAAUGCGAGCAGAGCCUCAGGGACCUCAUGGGUCAUCCUGGGGUACCUGCCUUGGACGUGGCAGAUUUAGGAUUCAAGGAGUGGCAUGAGCUCGGGUUCAAAUUCCUGGAGCAGCCGCGCAGCAAGCGCCGGCCAGACAUGGCCAAGGAGUGGUGGGAAGGUGACCUGCGGUAUCUAGAGGAAUAUCGCGACAAGCUCGAAAGAGAAAGGGCAGGGCUCGAAGAAGGUGGCCAGCUCUGGAUCGACGCAGUAGCCAAGAUUAUUGACUACGAGCAGCGCCUGAGUAGCGCUUUAGGCAUGGGCACCGAGGGAAGCAAAUCUUCACAAUGGAGCAGCGAACAAUCUGAUCCGAAGACGCUCCUGCUAGGCUUCUACACGCAGAUGCAGGAGACAAUUCGAGACCUCGAGGCGACACUCAAGUACGCCGAGUCGGAAGGCAUGACUCUUUUGGUGGCAGCCAUUGGCGCGGAAGUCGUCGCCAUGCAGAAUGGUCAAGAUGUGUUUGCAAACUUGAUCAAGAGUCAGGGGUGGGAGUUGCCGGCCGAGUCGAGAUCGUCGACGCCGACGGGCAAGGAUGAAGAGAGCCUCCUCGACAUGCCGGCUGAUUCCAGAUCGAGGACAGAGCAAGAGCCAAGCCAGAGAUCAACACAGUACCACGAUGCGAACGAGGAGCUGAGCGGGAGCGUCAUUCGGCGAUGGGAAGAACCUUCGACAGCAUCACCACAACCUCAGUCACUACGAGGCUCCAGAGUACAGCUUUCAGAAACCCAUGACAAGAUGGACGGGAGAACGAGGACAGACGCGUCAGAUCCACCAAGCUCUCCGCCGGCCUUUAGCGCAGCUGUCCUCGACAAAACAAGGGAGGACACUGGCGCUGUUGAUCAAAUCCACGACGACCGCGACGCAACAAGCGACCAGGAGGAAGACGACAAUGAGGUCCCAGCGGGACUUUUGAGCGAGCUGCAUCUUAGACCUGGACAAGACAGCGAUGAUGAGCGCAAUAACGAUGACCACGACGACAAUGCAGUGCCGAAAGAGUUCCUGAGCAUGCACGAUGAUUAGCACGAGCUGCCAAAGGAAUUCUGACAACAAAAGACCGAAUUAUGCAGAUACUAUAGUAAUGAGAUGAUACAAAAAUUGCAGCAGCAAGAAGCACAAGGACAAGAUAACACCCAAGGCGAGGGCAAACUGCCCCAUGAGGGAAGCAGAGUGGUGGUGCAAGUGAAUUAACAACCUGCCCCACUCGGGUACACGACAGUUCUGUUCCAAGGUCACGAAGUCACAAGCUAAAUUCCCCCACAAC